AUCGCUGGUAUUUUAGGGACUUUCCUGAAGCUUCAACUUUCCUGGGGCCCUUCCCCUCCCUUUUGUUCUGCACCCUGUACACCCGGCCCGGCCGCACUCCCUCCCUCAGCUGCUGGUUUUCCCCUGUAGUUUUCUUCAGAAGCCCAGUCUGCCUGCUCUCCCGUCACACAGGGGCGUCAUUGUGGUUGUUUGCCUUGGCACAUUGGUGGAGGUCGUGCCAGCCUCUCGUCUGAAGUUCUCUGUGGCUGUACACUGGCAGAAGGAAUUGCCCCAUGUCAGGCUUUAAAAUGGAACCCUAUGAUCCCCUGAUUCACAAUGGGGGUCUGGAUGAUAAUGGCUUUGGUUAUCCACCAAUAAUUCAACAGCAUGAACCUGAUUCAGAAAUUCAAAAUGGUCCAUAUUUGUCAAUCAUCGAACAACCAAAACAGCGUGGCUUUCGGUUUCGUUAUGUAUGUGAGGGGCCAUCUCAUGGAGGACUGCCUGGAGCUUCCAGUGAGAAGGGAAAGAAAACCUAUCCAACUGUUAAAAUCUUUAAUUAUGUUGGCAUGGCCAAGAUCGAGGUAGAUCUGGUAACCCACACAGAACCUGCUCGAGUUCAUGCUCACAGUUUGGUAGGAAGACAUGCCAAUGAAUAUGGAAAUUGUGUGGUGACUGUAGGACCUAAAGAUAUGACUGCCCAGUUUAAUAAUUUAGGUAUUGUCCAUGUCACAAAAAAGAGUCAGAUUGACAUCCUAAAAGAAAAGAUAAGACAGCAGCUAUUAAGGAAUGGCAGAGGGACACAUGUACUUACAGAGCUUGAUGAGAAGAAGAUUGAGGCAGAAGUCAAGGAACUGAAAAAGGUUACAGAUUUAAGUAUUGUUUGCCUACGGUUCACAGCCUAUUUACCGGAUAGCACAGGAGCUUUUACUCUGCCUUUAAAACCUGUUAUUUCAGAUCCCAUCCAUGACAGCAAAUCUCCUGGAGCCUCCAACCUGCGCAUUUCCAGAAUGGAUAAAAUAUCUGGUUCUGUAAAAGGAGGAGAUGAGGUGUACCUGCUCUGUGACAAAGUGCAGAAAGAUGAUAUAGAAGUGCGGUUUUAUGAAGAUGAUGAAAAUGGGUGGCAGGCUUUUGGAGAUUUCUCACCAACAGACGUCCACAAACAGUAUGCCAUUGUAUUCCGGACUCCUCCAUACCACAAACAGAUGAUUGACCGUCCAGUCACAGUAUUCUUACAGCUGAAGAGGAAACGUGGAGGAGAUGUUAGUGACUCCAAACAAUUCACAUACUACCCAUUAGAGCAAGACAAAGAAGAAGUGGACAGGAAAAGAAGAAAAGAUUUACCAUCUCUGAAUCAGUUUGGUGGCGGAGCACCCAUGGGUGGUGCAGGAGGAGGAUCGGGAGGAUUUGGGCAUGGAGGUGGAAACAAUAUGAACUUCUCAUUUGGAACUAUGCACAAUCAAUUCUACACACAUCCUGGUGGGAUAUACCAGAGUAACUACAUGAUGAAUGAUGCAUCAUCGGACUCUUCAGCGACAACACCACUAUUAACAAAAGAGGAGUCCCAGGCCAGCCCGCCGCAAGAAAGCUCUGCAUCACAUCUUACAGAUACUCAGAGGGCUGCGCAACAAGUUGCUCAUGUCUGCAAUAUGAGAAUCCUGUCUCUUGCUCAGCGCACUUCUAAAGCCUUAUUGGACUAUGCAGUUACCGCAGACCCUCGCAUGUUGUUGGCUGUACAGAGACCCUUAGUGGCUACAAAGGAUAAGAAUGGAGACACGCCACUUCAUCUAGCCAUCAUACACGGGCAGACAGUUGUCGUUCAGCAGAUGGUAGAUGUCCUACAGGGCAUGCCAAAUCAACACAUAUUCAAUAUGUGCAACAACCUUCACCAGACUCCUCUGCAUCUUGGGGUUAUCACCAAGCAGUACCAGACAGUCAAUAUUCUGCUAAAAGGCAGAGCAGACCCCACCAUCCUGGAUCGCUAUGGGAACUCUGUGCUUCACCUGGCAGUUCAGGCUGGAGAUGUCAGAAUGCUUCAGGUCCUCUUGGAAAAUAAAUUUUCUGGCUAUAAACAUCUUCUCAACAUGCCAGACUACAAUGGUUUAUACCCAGUUCACUGGGCUGUGAAAGUGAAAAGUGAGAAAUGUCUGGAGAUGCUGGUGAGAAGUGGAGCCCAUGUCAAUGCUGCUGAACGCAAGAGUGGAAGAUCUCCUCUACAUAUUGCUGUGGAGAUGGACAACCUGAAUAUUGCCAUUUCUCUGGUGAAACUGGGGGCGGAUGUCAAUGCUCAGACAUUUGGAGGAAAUACCCCUUUACAUCUGGCUGCCAGUCUUGGGUCCCCAGUCCUCACAAGGAUGCUUAUCAGUGCAGGUGCAAAUGCUCAGUUAGAAAAUGAUGAGCCUGUGCGAGCAGCAGCAUCCAGCGACAGCGAUGAUACAGACAGCGAGUCCGAUGUGCAGAUGGAUACAGAGUCUGACCAACAGGGGGACUCCGAUUCAGAAGAUGAUCAGGACAAUAGAAGAAUAUCCUGUGGUGUUAAAAGGCGCUAUCCUGGACACACGCCGCUGGAUUUAACCCGAAGUCAAAAGGUGAGAGAUAUUUUAUCUAAACAUUCAUCUGGAAGAACAGCAAGAAAUCCAGCACAACAUGAGCCAGCCAAUGUCCUGUCCCUGGAAACCAAUACUGUACAGUGCCUUGAGAGACUGUUAAAUGAGGGUCAGACUGGAUCUGAUUGGACAGAACUCGCCUCACGUCUAAGACUUCAAAGCUUAGUUGACACUUAUAGGAACACUUCUUCCCCAACAGAAAGCCUUCUGCGCAGUUACGAGCUUGCUGGUGGAAGUCUGAAUGAGCUGAUCCAAACUUUAGAGUCCAUGGGAUUGAAUGAGGGGGUGGAGCUGCUGCGGAAAUCUGAGGUCCACAUUAAGAAGGAGAAUCAAGAGGUGAAGGUUGACAGUGCCUAUGGAAGCCAGUCUGUGGGCAGUGACCAUUCUACAGCUUGUGAACCUCAGAAACCUUCCCCUACAGGAUCUUCACGGUUGUCACCAACACAGGAACUAGCACCACGGACAGAACCAGCCAGUGGACAGUAAAACUGCGACCUGAUAUGGAUAAACUCUUCGCUAUGGGAGACCUAAUAAUAACUUGUUGGCUAAUUGGACAAACCAUGGAUUAUUUUUCCCAGUUGGCUAUAAUUUAGAAUACAUCAAAAAAAUCACAAACUAAAAUGAUUCUGAUGGAUCCUCUCCUGCCUUUGCUUACAAAUCCAUGAUGUUUAUGUGGUCACAUUCAGAAGUGCAGUGAAUGAUGAAGAAACCACAACCAAGACUGAGAACAUGAAAUAUAUAUAUAAAGUAUAUAUUGAAGCCUUUCCUUUGGACAUUGAUCAAGUGAAUGAAAGUAUGUAAAUCGAGAAUUUCAGGGGUUAUCCCAUGAAGAAUACUGUAUUUAAAUAAAGUGACACCUUAUUAAUACAUUUUCUACUGAUGACAUUUACCUGGUGCCACCUGCUGUCCAUGUCAUGAGCGGAGGGCUGGCGGACACACAUGCUCAGUCACUCACAGCCAGUGUAUAACCACUGCAGAGCAACAAAUAUGAAUUGCUUCUUCUAGACAAGCAAAAAGCUAAGCCUCUGCAGGUAAAUGGCAGCAUAGCGGAGUCGACCUCUUUUCUUCUGGCAGCUUCUAAUUCAUCUGGAGUAAACUAGUUCUUGCCAGAGCCCGUCUGUGCAGCACCAAGCAGGACACACGAAGGCAAGAGAUGAUAAAAAGUGCAGUCUUUUGCAGCGUUUGUAGCAAAAAAAUACAAACUGUGGUUACCAGAAUGUCAAGAUUUUUGGAAUGAAAAUGAUUCAUGGGAUAACCCCUUUAAAAACAAUUAAAUAAAUACAAAAUAUAUUACUUAAUGGAUAAAUAGCUAAACUUCUGUAAACAACAGAUCAUGGGGAAGAUUUACCAAAACCUGUGCAGAAGAAAAGUUGCUGAGUUGCCCAUAACAACCAAUCAGAUCACUUCUUUAAUUUUUAAAUGGGCCUCUGAAAAAUGAAAGAAAUGAUCUGAUUGGUUGCUAUGGGCAACUGGGCAACUUUUUCUCUACACAGGUUUUGGUAAAUCUCCCCCCUCCCCCCAUGUCCCUGUGCACUAGUUCACAUUACCUUUUAAACCUACGGGCUCCAGGGGCUCUAGCAGUUGUGAUACUACAACUCCCAGCAUGCCCUGCCAAGCAAAGACAAGGCAUUCCAGCUGAGAGCCACAGGUAGGAGACCACUGUUCUAAACUCUACUUUGUUCACUCUUAUUGCUGUUAUUUAAAGGUUUGUUUUUACUACAAAUAAAUAUAUUUUCUAUGUGGAACAUGUUUUUGUUUCAUAGAUAAGUUUGUCUAGAUUUUGUAUAUGGAGGUUAUCACAAGCUCUGGAGUGCGGGGGUAUCUAACAGAGGUUACUUAAAGUGUAAGUGUAGGGCUGUUCUCCUACCUGUUCUGCACAGAUCUCUGCAAAGAGAUGGAGCUCACGUUGGGUGGUACAAGUGCCAAGACAACUGUAAAUCACCCAGAACGUUUAGUGCACUUGUCUUGGCUUGUUUAUCAAAAAAGGGCUCAUGCAUGGAACUCGCAAGUGACGUCGUAUGGUUGCCUUGGCAACUGUACCACUCAGUGCGAGCUGUGUCUUUUUGCACAAAUUUGGCAGGACAGCAGCUCUUGGCUUUCGCUUUAAGACAGUCUGAUACCACAUAUUUAUCAGUGUCUUGUGACAGAACUUUUCCUUAGGAGACUUUUACUAAACUCUACAUGAGGUCAAACCAGGUUCCAUAUACACUGCUCAAAAAAAUAAAGGGAACACUUAAACAACACAAUGUAACUCCAAGUCAAUCACACUUCUGGGAGAUCACACUGUCCACUCAGGAAGCAACACUGAUUGACAAUUAAUUUCACAUGCUGCUGUGCAAAUGGAACAGACACGCAAUUAGCAAGACACCCCCAAUAAAGGAGUGGUUCUGCAGGUGGUGACCACAGACCACUUCUCAGUUCCUAUACUUCCUGGCUGAUGUUUUGGUCACUUUUGAAAGCUGGUGGUGCUUUCACUCUAGUGGUAGCAUGAGCCUGAGUCUACAUCCCACACAAGUGACUCAGGUAGUGCAGCUCAUCCAGGAUGGCACAUCAGUGCAAGCUGUGGCAAGAAGGUUUGCUGUGUCUGUCAGCAUAGUUUCCAGAGCACUGGCCCUGGGUUCCUUCUAAUGCAAGACAAUGCUAGACCUCAUGUGACUGGAGUGUGUCAGCAGUUCCUGCAAGAGGAAGGCAUUGAUGCUAUGGACUGUGCCGCCCAUUCCCCAGGCCUGAAUCCAAUUGAGCACAUCUGGGACAUCCUGUCUCGCUCCAUCCACCAACGCCACAGACUGUCCAGGAGUUGGCGGAUGCUUUAGUCCAGGUCUGGGAGGACAUCCCUCAGGAGACCAUCCACCACCUCAUCAGGAGCAUGCCCAGGCGUUGUAGGGAGGUCAUACGGGCAGGUGGAAGCCACACACCACCUCAUCAGUAGCAUGCCCAGGCGUUGUAAGAAGGUCAGACGGGCACAUGGAGGCCACACACACACAACUGAGCCUCAUUUUGACUUGUUUUAAGGACAUUACAUCAAAGUUGGAUGAGCCUGUAGUGUGGUUUUCCACUUUGAUUUUGAGUGUGACUCCAUAUUCAGACCUCCAUGUGUUGAUAAAUUUGAUUUCCAUUGAUAAUUUUUGUGUGAUUUUGUUGUCAACACAUUCAACUGUGUAAAACGAAAGUAUUUCAUACGAUUAGUUCAUUCAUUCAGAUCUAGGAUGUGUUAUCUUAGUGUUCCCUUUAUUUAUUUUUUGAGCCGUGUACUAUAGGGCAGUGAUCCCCAACCAUUUUUUACAAAAACUUUUACAGAAUGUUGUAACUUGUUUUUUUAACAACAUAAAAUUUGUAAAAGUUACCUUUAUAAAACCCACAGCACAUUUUUUUUUAGCAGUUACAGUAGGAAUACAUAGACAUUUUUUUUUCCUUCUGGUGUGUGUAAUGUACAUUUAAGUGGAUUCAGUGAUGGCUGAAAUGCUGGUAUAUGUUGAGGACUUUGGUUUGAUUUUGGUUUUGGGGGGGAAAAAAAUACAUGCAAAAACUGCAACAAAAUGCAAAAUAUGAACCAGAAUCGCAUAGUGCAUUUUAUACACAAUUCAAGACAUUCCUAGUGUAAAUAAGUACCACUACACAUGACCUGAUAAGAAUCAUUUUAAUUCAAUGAAUGUAUGAAAAAUAAAACUGAACACAGACCAUUUACGCAUAAAACAGUUUGGCAUAUCUCGGUGCAUGACUUGCAAUCAUUACAGAAGGGAAAUACAAUCUUUCAAUGUUUUCUAUGUAGCAUGUUCAGAAAUAAUCAGAGAUGCAGAAGACGCCAUCUUUGAGGAAAACCUAAGCAGCCAAUCUCUAGCUGUCUGACUUCUCGAGUUGCAGGGGUAAUUCUUUGCUGUUCCCCGCUUCCUCCUUAAAUAAGCAAUGACUAGAAGACUGGAGCACACGGAAACUACAAUCCCAUUUAAUGUUUUGAUGCUAUAGGACAAAUAUGACAUCUGAUAGCACAAGGAGAAAUGGAAAAAAAUCAUGCUCACAAAAAGCUAAGCAAUGAGCGUAAAGGUAAAAAAGAGACAAUGUUUAAAAAAGCCCAAGUUGUGUCACAAUAUAUAUUGAACGAUAUUUGCGCAAACCUCCCUGGACUGACGUGAUAUAUAGUAUGUGCUGAGAAAUCUGUAUAACGUAUACUGACUGCAAUGCAUACGAUCAACUAAGAUUAUGAUCAGGCAAGAAAAGGAAGAUAAGAGAAGGUAAAGGUUUCUUACACACUUGGUCUAUGGCAAAAUGUAACUUGUGUCUGCAUUGGAAAUCAAGUGUCAAGCAGUUUUUAUAAUUAUAAAUAAUAGAAUAUUUAUUUUCAUAUGUAAACCAUACACAUUAUUGUAUUUGGAGAUUGUUCUUAACCACUAGAACACUGUCAUCUGUAUGCAGAGGGGGUAGUAUGACUGUAAACAGUUAACCGACCAGGCAGACCAUGCCAAAGCCAUCCAAUUGUCAGCAAAGGUCUCAAACUAUUUCUUAGCCUAAUAUAUAUUCAUUGGAGAUUCCGCUUUUCUCCCCCAGAAAUGUCCUAGGUGUCUGAUUUUAAAGAGGGGGAUAUCGAGCCACAGAAAAAAAAAAAAAAAAAAACACCACAACUUAAAGGGAUAUUCCAGUAAAAA